AUGCGGUACCGGUGGUGUCUGUAUUGCAUUGUAUGCAUCAUCACAUUCGUCGUUACAAACGUGGAUUGCAACGGCGUAUUCGAGCUGCGGAUAAAAUCGUUCAGCAACGAGUUGGGCCGAGAAGCUUCUGGCUCGUGCUGCGGAGGCGUGUGCGGCACGCCGUGCCGGACAAAGUUCCGAGCUUGCCUAAAACACUACGAGACCAACAUAAACGUGAAUUCAACUUGCACGUUCGGUGACGUCGUCACGCCUGUGCUUGGCGAGAACAGCCUGACCCUCCCGGCCAACGCCACACCGAUAGCGUUCCACUUCAAUUUCACAUGGCCGGGUACGUUCUCACUCAUCGUGGAAGCGUGGCACGAACCGUCGUCUGCAAGAAAUUCAGGAACGACCAACGGAUCGGCGUUGAUCACGCGGAUCACGGACCAACGGUUCCUGAAACUCAGCGACGGAUGGGUGCAACAGGAAUACGCCGGAUCGACCGGCGGCGUCCGAUCGCGACUCGUGUACGAGCACAGGGUCCGUUGUGAGGAUAACUAUCACGGGGACGGGUGCGCGAAAUUCUGUCGGCCAAGGGAUGACAAUUUCGGACAUUACCUGUGCUCGGACGACGGAGACAUGAUAUGCAUGCCCGGCUGGACCGGUAGCUAUUGCAGCAAAGCGAUCUGCGCACCUGGCUGCGACGAGAAAAAAGGAACGUGCAUGACUCCAGGAACCUGCCAAUGUCACGCGGGCUGGACAGGAGCCAGAUGCGACCAGUGUCAGAUAUAUCCGGGUUGCGUGAACGGUUAUUGCCAAAAACCAUGGCAGUGUCUGUGCAAAGAAGGUUGGGGUGGUAUGUUUUGCAACCAGGACCUGAACUACUGCACCAACCACGCGCCCUGCAAAAAUGGAGGCACGUGCUUCAACACUGGCCAGGGCCUGUACACGUGCGCAUGCGCCCCCGGAUAUACGGGGCCCGAGUGCAACGUCGACAUGGGACUGACCAACAAACCAGGAAUGGACUGUUCUACUGGACUGACGUGCCUCAACGGCGGUACGUGCAAGAAAACCGGAUCCGUCUCUAGCUGCACGUGUCCCAGCCAAUGGAAGGGAAUCAGAUGCGAGACGUCCACGCAGCCGGCCUGCGCAAGUUCGCCGUGCGGGAACGGAGGCACUUGCGUCAACGCCGCCAAGACCAACAACAACGGAACCGGAACCGGUGGCAACAACAACGGGUACGUGUGCCAUUGCCCGAUCGGAUUUUCCGGACCGACCUGUCACCAGACGACCAACCACUGUCAGCCGGACCCGUGCCGGAACGGGGCCACGUGCGUGCCGAGCAAAGACAGUUCCAGUUACACUUGCAAGUGUGCGCCCGGGUUCGCGGGGGCCCACUGCCACCUGCCCGACCACUGCCAAAAGAACCCUUGCCUGAACGGCGGUACGUGCCAGGCGCAGGCCGACGGUUUCCGGUGCCAAUGCGUGCCCGGGUACGUCGGCGAUCUGUGCCUGAGCGUGGUAGACUACUGCGUGGCCAAGCCGUGCGCCAACGGCGGUACAUGCGAGAACCUGAAGAACGACUUCCGGUGUGGGUGCCGACCCGGAUUCGGCGGCAAGGACUGCAGCCGGUACGUCAACGAAUGCGUACUGUCGUCGCCGUGCGCGAACGGUGGCACAUGCGUGACCACCGGCGGCAGUGACGGCGGCUUCAGGUGCGAGUGUCCUGUCGGUUACACGGGCGCCAACUGCACCGACGAGCGGCCGACCACGCUGGGCGACAGGUCCAAGCACGUGUCCGCAGUGGUACAGGAACAGCCCGAGAUGGUGCAAGCGUCCGUCAAUGGCGUGCUCAUGGUGGUGCUGUCCGUGUCCGUGCCUGUGGCCGUGUUGGCCGCCAUCGCGGUAGUGUUGUGCAUGAAGAACCGCCGGCGCCGCGACCAGAAGAAGGCCGACGAUAACGCGAGAAUGCAAAAUGAACAGAACUCGAUACACAGCGUGGCCAAGCUGGGCGACCCACACGUCAUCAGAAACUCGUGGGACCCGCUGCCGGCCGCGGCCCGGGAGAACGUGUACUCCGAACCGCUGUGCUUUGCCGCGCCCAACAAGAUGCAGCAGACGUCGCUGACGCCGGCCCAGUCGUCGUCGUCACUGCAGAGGCAGAAGCUGCUCAACACCGACAGACAAAACCGGAUGUCGUUCAAGGAACAAGACGCCAUAAACGCGUUGGACCGCAGGAUAUCUGUCAUAUCGGUCGAUUCGGCCGCCAACCAAUGCAACAACACAAAUAACGAGGUAUCGCCUGUCAAAGCUCACCACUAUCAUCGCAACAUACACCAGCAGCUUCAGUACGAAAGAGCGGCCGUGAAAUCGAUGAUUUUAGACCAACACUCUUUCGCCACACAAGUUUAG